UUUACAGAUGGCGCUGCAGUUAACCACAUGACUCUGAUGCAGACGGCACAAACACAGAAGUUUUGGGAAAUUAUUAAUAACUUUAACUAACGUGAACAAUAUAUUGAGAUAUCUGCAGUUUAAGAGGAUGUACAUAUUGCAUUGUCAUUCCAGAUAAUGGCGAUAUACCGGUAUUCAGGGCUUGUUUAGUAACAUGGCACAGUGGGACCCUUUGCCCACUAAACUGACUACGUUUGGUCCUCUUAGUUCUGAAGAACAGCCAUCAUCAGGGUUCUUAUCCAAACUCUUCAGAAAGACUAAGGAUGACAAAUCCUCUAGUAAAUCCAGAGAAGUGUCUGUAGAAAGGGAGAGAACUCUUUCAACAGUGGUCACAGAAGAACAGAGGAAGCCAGAAAGCAAUGAGGGAGGAGAGAGUGAUGGGGAGGAUGAUUCGAGGGACAGGUCCUCCUCCGGGAAUGACUUCCCCCGCCAGGGUUCAUGGAGCAUGCCGCAAAUGGCCAACAGGAACCGGUCCAGUGUCCUUAGUCGGCUCAGCAAGAUCUUGGAGAAAAGAAAUCUGAACCCUCAAGCUUACAAGGACAGUGAUUUCAAGCAGUACUGGAUGCCGGACAGCAGCUCUCGGGAAUGUUACGAUUGUGGUGACCGGUUUACCACAUUCCGGCGACGACACCACUGCCGAGUAUGUGGUCAGAUCUUUUGUAGUAAAUGCUGCAAUCAGGAACUACCUGGACGAAUCAUUGGUUACAAAGGUGGUAUCAGAGUAUGUACAUACUGUGGUAGAGUAGCCCUCAGUGCCCUACAAACUGAGCCCACGGGAUACAUGCACAUAGAGAGGGAUGACCUGGGUAACUCCACGGAAGUAGAGCAUUCCUCCUACCAGAUAUGGGGCACCAAGGGGGCAGCUGGGGGGAGAUUAUCCUCUGACUUAAUCUCUACAAGAAGCUUAAUGACUCAGAGCUUCACAAGCCAAGAGUCUGUGGCAGACUUUUGUCCAGAACACAUUGACACCAUUGAUCCAAAAAUCCUUGAGGACUCGGCCCAGCUGAGGGAGCUAUGGAGGAAGCUACUUGACCCCCAGUCUGGUGUGGAGAUGCAGAGUCACCGCGUCAAACUGAGAACAUACAUGAACUGUGUCAGUGGGAACAGAGUGGUGGACUGGCUUGUCAGAAACGACAAGGUCGCUCAAAGAUUGCAGGCAGUAGCCAUAGGACAGGCUUUGUUAGAUGCUGGCUUCCUAGAAACCAUUGCUGGACAGCCCAAGGUCUUCCAUGAUGAUUUCACUCUCUACAAACCAUCUGAGACCUCCCCUGUGGAUCCACCCCAGAUCUCUGUGAUAGAGGCUGAGUCGACAGAACAGAGCACAGAGCCAGAGUGGCUGAAGUCCAUCCAGACCGAUACGUCCAUUGAUGAUUUUUCUACCUCUGAGGACUAUGGGGACUCGAGGGAGUUCAGGAGAAAAAAGAGCUCCUUCACAGCCAGCUUAGAGAAUAGGAUCGGUGGAUCCAGACAAGACAAUGACAAUGCAGACUUGGAACCUCUGCCCAGGACAGACUUGGAAGGAUUUGCGGGUCAAGAUGACUUGAUAGCUGGUUCCAUGUUUACAAGUUCUCAAACCAUCACAGCAGAGAAACUGACCAGUCUGAACAGAGGCUGGAGACACGUGGACUCUCUGAAGGAGGAGAACGGGGAGAAGGCAGCCUUCAUCAAACUCAGGGACGCUCACAUGGAGCAUCUGCGUGAUUUGGCCAGCCAGUUGUUAACAAAAGAGGGGCUGUCCAAGUCCUGGCUAGACAUAGUUCUGGGAUCAGCUGAUCGCAUCAGUCGAUAUGUCAACCCAGAUGUCAGGGUAGAAAAUGAUCACAUGGACAUCAGGAAAUAUGUCAAAUUUAAAAAAAUUCCAGGAGGUAACAAGGAGCAAACCUGUAUGAUUCAUGGAAUGGUGUUUACAAAAAACAUUGCCCAUAAGAAGAUGGCCAGCCAGAUCUCUAACCCUCAGAUCCUUCUUAUGAAUGGGUCGAUUGAGUAUCAGAGGAGGGUUAACAAGUUCUCCUCUCUUGAACCCCAGAUUCUUCAGGAAGAAGAAUUUCUGAAGAACAACAUUUCAAAGAUUGCCUCGCUGAGUCCCCGCCCAGACAUUCUGGUUGUGGAGAAUACAGUGUCACGACUGGCCCAGGAGUACCUGCUACAGGCUGGCAUCACCCUCAUCUUCAAUGUCAAACUGAGUGUGCUGGAGAGGUUAGCCCGGUUUACCACGGCAUGCAUCGUGCCCUCCAUCGAUAGCUUGGUUAGUGGACCUAUAAGCCUGGGCUUCUGCCAUAACUUCAAGGUCUGCAACUUCAAUCUACCACAGGGUAAGACAAAGACCAUACUGUGUUUUGAUGGCUGUGCCACACACCUGGGCUGUACAGUCACUCUCAGAGGGGGCACUGACGGGGAACUCAAAAGGCUGAAGAAAGUGAUGAAAUGGAUGGUGUUUGUAUCCUACCACUCCAAGUUAGAGAUCUCCUUCUGUAUGGAUGAGUUUGCUUUACCUGUCAGUAAGUCCCAAACCUCCAACAACGUCAUGACAACCAGUCUGGACGACCUGUCCGUCUCCAUGGAAGUCCAUCAACCCCCGCCUGCAAAACACUCGGAGCAGUCCACGCCGGACGAGAUGGAACCUCUCGGUGAGGAGGAGGUGGUGGUGGGUGAGGCAGAUGAUAUAGGUAUACCAACGGUGGCCAGUGGCAUUGAUAUGUGUCGAGUGGAGAAGGGAGGCAGUGGUGCUCAGGAAGAACUGAGGAAAGGAAUUGAAGAGUGCGAGGUAGUUGUUAACAUUCCAGAUUCAGAAAGAUGCGAAAACAAGGGUAAUGGUGAUGUGAAAAGGAUUGAGCCAAAAGUGGACAAAGAGGUUGUGAUCAUUCAAGAGAAAGUUCCAAUACAUAUCAUUUCUCAGGAAUCCAAUGAAAAGCUGGAGGUUUGUGAAAACAAAACCGAGAGCUUUAUGAGAAAUCUAGCAGCAGAGAAUGCGAGUCAAAAUUCACAUUUGAAAGUCGUUCGACCAUCAUCUGCCACCAAACAUCCAGUAGGGCUGGAGGUGUCCGACCAGUCGGACCCACUGUAUAACUACCAGAAAAACAAGGAUGACACCAUCUUCUUCAGCUCCCACACCCUACAAGAAAAAAGCUUUAAACACUGCCAGAAGUUCAAGAAACUUCUAAAAGAGGUCAUUCUCUCAGUGUCUCCGUUCAUCAGCUACGAACUUCCAUACCUGGAAACAGAGAGCGGCUCAAUGUGCACGAACAGGAAGUUCUUUUCGGAGGAGAUUUACUGGUCGCAGCAUUUUGAGCCACAGACUUGGCAGGAGACCAAGAAAAUGAAGGAUGCUGACUAUCAGCCCCUUGUGAAGAAGCCAGUGUUGAUGUGGUCCACCGUGGAGGUGGUAGAGGCCCACCCCUUGGUGGUCAGUCAGCUCUCACUGCCCUUCACUGAUAAGAAAAUGCAGAACAUGCUAGCUGACUUCAGGGCAAGAGGAGGAAGAUUGAAGCUGAACUAUGACAACCUACCAAAGGGACCAGUCAUAACCUACGACUCAAAGAAGCCACUACCCUUAAAGGAGACAUCUAAUGGUCAGAAUGGGACAACAAAAACUAAUACUACAGAAACUGAGAGCCCAAGAAAGAAACCAGUCAAGAUUGAUUGUCUGGAUUUUGGCCGGCAUCAGAGAUUGGUGGUUCUGCUCAGUAGUUACUCCGAGAAGUCAGAUAACCACCCAAUGCCUUGUCUGGCCCCGCAAUUACUCACAAUGGAGUUUUAUGGAAGUCAAGAUAUUACACUUGGAGGAUUUUUAGAGAAGUUCUGUUUUAGAGAGUCCUAUUCUUGUCAGCCAAACACAUGUACCUCAGCCAACUGUGAUGUACCCAUGUUGGACCAUGUCCGACGAAUCAUCAGCAGUACGGGGGCCAUCUAUAUCUCCCUCAGGAAGCUCCCCAAUUGUGUCCCGGGGGGAGAGAAGGCCCUGAUGAUGUGGAAUUGGUGUCGAAAGUGUAGACAGGCCACACCCCUUGUUCCUAUGAGUAUGGACAGCUGGAACAUGUCCUUCGCUAAGUACCUGGAGCUCCGGUUCCAUGCGACCUCCUUUGUGCGGAGGGUGGGCUCUGAGCCCUGUAGCCACUCCCUCCACCAGUUCUUUAGUCAAUACUUUGGACACCACAAUAUAGUGGCAACAUUCAAAUACUACCCGAUAACAAGAAGAGAAGUUGUGCUUCCCCCACCAAUCAUUUGCAUUGAAGACGGAAUGCAGAUAACUCAUUGGACCAGACUCAAAGAUGAAGUCCGCUUUCUAACUACAAAAUGUACUGAUAUGUUUGCCUCUAUCCAUGCUGCCAUUGUGAACACAAGCUGUGAGAACCACCAGGAAACCCUGAAUAAACUCAUCACAGACUACAAAACCAUUAUUCCAACUGAAAAAAGCAGAAUAAAGGAUUUAGCAGAUGAGAUAAGGCAGCACCUUGCAGCCAUUUGGUUGGACAUUGAUAGUAAAGCUGAUGUCAAUGGAAUUACAGUGCAGCUGUAUUUGAUUCAAGAUGACAUUGUGAAGGUCAAAAAACUGAUAGCAGAUGCCAUACAGAAUUGGAAUCACAAGUUACAAGAGCUGGUCUCUCAGCAGAAGAAGUACAGUAAACAGGCCAGGAAAGAGGCAACGCCUCCCCCUCCCUCAGAGGACGACAGCAAACUGGGUACUUCAGCAUCCUCCCAGCAUUCUGGGAUAUUAGAUUCACAGUCUUUGACGUCUACAUCAGAGUUUACAGAGGUAGAUAUACCACCAGGGCUGGAUCCGUAUGGUAGAGCUCCCUCUAUGCCAGUGAGAAUAAAUGACGCAGUAGAGGCAAACUUCAAGGAAACUUCUGAAUCUCUCGGUGAUUUCAUACUUGUACAAGAAGAUUACGCCCUGUCUACUGAGAGCAACCAGUACAGUGUCACCCCCGGAAUAGAUGCAGGUAUAUUAGAGGAUGCAGAAAAACUAUUGUCCAAGUCAGGGGACACCACUCAAUAUGUGGUGGUUCAUUUUCCUAAAGAUGCUGGGGAAGUUGACAAAGAGUCGACAAAGUUGGAUGUUGCUGGAAUGAUGAUGUCACAGGAAGUGGAGAGUACCAGUAGCAAGGACCAGAUAAAACCAAGCAGUUCAAAAAGCAGCUUAAAGAAAACUGUAGGUUCAUCAGAUGAUAUUUUGGAUGGACAGAAGAUGGACAGAAUUACAAACAUCAAGAGUCGGGUGACAAACUUCCUUGGAGGAUCCAGCAUUCCAAACACUCUCAAGGUGAAUUAUGAUGAGCACCAUCAGCUGCCGGCCGGCAAAGUGCCAGUACUGAUAUAUGACGAUGAACCCAGCUCUAUCAUUGCUUAUACCUUAGGGUCGCAAGAAUAUUUUGCCAAACUCCAGGAAAUCCAAGCUUCCAUUACCCAGAGAGAUUCAACUCAAAACAAGGAGUUCAAGUUUAGUAAAUCUAUUGAACAUGACACGGCAUCAGCUGAGAGUUCUGAGACAGGAAGAAAACAUGGAUCUGGUGUCUUGUCCUUUUUACGGGGGUCAAAUUCUCGAGAUACGAGCCCCAAACCCCACAGAAAGCAGGAGUAUGUGGACACAGUGAAGUACACCCCUAAAAUAGACCUAGACAGUGUCGAAAUAGAUGAUGUCCAGGACGGGCGGUCUAUAUUUACCUCCAGUAUCCCAGCAGACGUAGACAAAAGUCGCACCAGUAAACAGACAGCCCUCGUCCACAUACAACUACAGUUCUCGGACAGCUCUACCAAGUUCUACUGUAAGGUUUACUUUGCUGAGCAGUUUCGACAGCUGAGGAAGUUGAUUUUUCCAGAUGGAGAGGAAAUGUUUAUCCGCUCUUUAAGUCGAUGUAAAGUUUGGGAUGCCAAGGGCGGUAAAUCUGGAUCCGCAUUCUGCAAAACUCAUGACAACAGGUUUAUUCUGAAGCAGAUGUCUAGCACAGAGGUGGAGAUCUUUGAGAAAUUUGGCUUUGAGUAUUUUCAGUACAUCAGCAAAUGUUACAUGGAACAGAGACCCACAGCUUUAGCCAAAAUUGUGGGUGCCUUCAGAAUUGGUUUCCGCAAUAAUCAGACAAACAAUGACCUCAAACAGGAUUUGUUGGUCAUGGAGAACCUGUUCUAUAACUGCAGUAUAUCUCAGACUUUUGAUCUCAAAGGCUCAAUGAGGAAUCGGUUGGUCAACCCGUCCAAAAUUCGCAGGUCCGAGCAGGAGCUUGUUUUGUUGGACGAAAAUCUUCUCAAGUUGAGUGUUGAUUCCCCACUUUAUGUGUACCCCCAUUCCAAGACCGUCUUGAAUCGGGCCAUAGAGAGGGACUCGGAGUUUCUGGCCAUGAACUUUGUGAUGGACUACUCGCUCCUUGUGGGUGUUGAUGAGACCAAAAAGGAACUGGUUAUUGGCAUAAUAGAUUACAUUCGCACUUUUACCUGGGACAAAAAGCUAGAGACAUUGAUAAAAUCAACAGGAGGAAAACAGCCCACUGUUGUGUCCCCUGGAAUCUACAGAACUCGGUUCCUGGAGGCCAUGGAACGGUACUUCCUUCCUGUUCCAGACCAGUGGAGCUUCCUGGGGCGGGAUAUUGAGUACUAACCGGGAAGGAAUUCUAUAAAACACUAAGCAUAAUUGGUGCAUAUCAGAAGCAAUCAAGCAGAAUGAUCUUACUGUCAUAUUGAUUGAAAGGGGACCACCGAAUGACAAGGAAGAUUUGAUUAAAAGGGAACCAGCAAUUAGGAUUUCACCAUUCAGUGUUCAUCAACAAGGUUGUAAUUUUAUCCCAACAACACUCAGAGAUUCCUUGUAUAAAUGUACAUGUAUAUCAAGAAUUUUGUUUUAUUGUUUUUGUACCCCUGCUCCAAAGGAGACGGGGGAAUUAUUAGUUAUCCAGGUUCAGUCAAGGGUGUACAGGGAUUUACCCCGGGUGAGCCAGGAUAGCAAUUUUAUUUCCUAUGUAAACCAAAUAAAUAUGUUUCCCAUGUCCAAUCAAGGGUACCGGUAUAUUAGACUUUCAAGAUAUGCCAUUUACGCAUUUAAUGCAUUGUGACAUCACAUUUUUUACCCCAAUACGGUAAUUUACACCCGGUCCAUUAGCCAAUCAAAUGUCAUGUUCCAAGCUACGUAGGAAACAAAUUGUUUUACCCUUGUGUGUCUUGUCUGUCUGUCUGUCCAUCCUUCUGUCUAUCUGUUUGUAACAAAAACUUCUGUUGCAUUUUUUUCAGCAAUUUUGAUGAAAGAUGCUUGAAAUCUUAACGUAUUCUUUGUUUAGGCAUGCCAUAUAUUAGGAUAUAUUUUUGUACAUGUAUCAAUUGGAUGGCAACUUCUUGUUAAAUGAUGACUUUGUUUAUUUUUAGCCUAGAUUUUUAAACAAAUUUUUGUCAAAGAUUUCUCAGCAACUAUCCAUUGCAGAUGCUUGAAAAUUUAACUCACUAUUUGUUUAGGCAUGCCAUACUUUGGGAAUUAUUUUUGUACCAAUCGGACACAACUUUCUGUUGAAUGUCAACUUUGCUUAUUUUGUAUAUUCAUAUCAGAGCGGGGGUAUUAUUAGUGAGCAAUGUCUCACAGAUGCAUUGUUUGCUAGAAAGACUGAGCUUAUUUAAAUGUAGUGUUAUGAUUUAUGAUGAUUUCAUUUUCAUGAGAUCUGUGAUACAGUCGGAUCAUGUGCCAAAUUUGUUUUGUUUCUUUCGGUAAUCUGAUGCUUCUUUUUUUCAGUAAUCUGAUGCUGCAAGCAUUUCAGUUGUGAUCAAUUAUUGAAAUCAUUCAGUUUCUGUGAGCAUUGAUUUGCUUCUUGUGUGUGUGUUCCACUUCAUUAUUUCAUGAUUGCUCAUUAAAACAAAUUUUAAUUUU